AUGCUCUUUCUCUGGUGUCGCUUGUUCUUUGGUUUUUUCUAUGGUGCUGGUGUUGUUGCUGCUGCUGCUGCUGCUGCAAAUAUAGCCUUUCCUGGUCUACUGUCUUCGGUGCAUGAUUGUCCUCUGGUUUAUCUCUGGUUUAUCUCUGGUGAUUGCUUCUUUGGUCUUUGUCUGGUCUCUGGUGUGGUCCGUUUUUUUGGUUUUUUCUAUGGUGCUGGUGUUGCUGCUGCUGCUGCUGCUACUUUUGCUAAUAUGGUCUUUCCUGGUCUACUGUGUAUGGUGCAUGUUCGUUCUCUGGUCUAUAUCCGGUGA